GGAUUUUUCUCUCCCGCUUUCUUUUUUUUUUUUUUCUUAAUGUCUUCAUUCACCAAUAGAUUAAUCAAGGAGAAAAGUCCCUACUUACUGCAACAUGCUCAUAAUCCAGUCGACUGGUAUCCUUGGGGCGAAGAAGCUUUUGCUAAGGCUCGUACUGAAAAUAAGCCAAUAUUUUUGAGUGUGGGUUACAGCACUUGUCAUUGGUGUCAUGUCAUGGAACACGAAUCUUUCGAAAGUGAAACUGUAGCAAAUGUCAUGAAUAAAUACUUCGUGAAUGUCAAAGUUGAUAGAGAGGAAAACCCUGGUGUAGAUAAAUUAUACAUGACAUACAUUCAAUUAACCUCAGGAACGGGUGGUUGGCCCAUGUCAGUCUUCUUGACACCCGAAUUGAACCCUUUUUUUGGUGCUUCAUAUUUUCCUCCUGAAGAUCAAUACGGAAAGCCUGGUUUCAUCACCUUAUUGACUCGCAUUUCGGAUCUUUGGAGAACAGAUCCUCAAAAGAUCAAGGCAUCUGGAGAAAGCAUGACUUCUCAAUUGAAAUCAUAUAUACAAGCUAAACCCGCAGGUAAUCAAGCUCCUUUGGAUCCUGUAGCAGUUGCGGCAGAAACCUAUCAUCACUUUGUCAAUUCAUUUGAUCCUGUAUUUGGCGGGUUUGGUUCUGCUCCCAAGUUUCCUACUCCUGUUCAAUUGCAGUUUUUGAUUGAUUAUUACAUGUACAAUCGUCAGGUCAGCAGUCGAGCUGCCGACGCUCAGAAAGCACUAGACAUGGCAUUGUUUACUUUAAAGAAGAUUGCAGCAGGCGGAAUUCAUGAUCAUAUUGGAAGUGGAUUUCAUCGAUACAGUACAGAUAAAAAAUGGCACGUCCCUCAUUUCGAAAAAAUGUUGUAUGAUCAAGCCCAGUUAUUAUCACUUUAUUCAUCCGCGUACCAAAUCACGGGUGAAGCAGUCUUUGCAGAUGUGACAAAGGACAUCAUACACUAUGUGUCUAGAGACCUUCAACAUGAUACGGGAGCAUUUUAUUCUGCUCAAGAUGCUGAUUCUUCACCUUCCAUAGGGUCUUCCCAGAAACUAGAAGGCGCGUUUUGUGUAUGGGAAGAGUCGGAACUCGUGAAUAUUUUGGGUCCCACUGACGCUCAAGUUUUUGGGAUACAUUUCGGGUGUAAAAAAAAUGGUAAUGUAGAACCUGCUCAAGAUCCUCAGAAAGAAUUGGUCAAUAAAAAUGUGCUGGCUGAAAGUGGCACGGUUGAAGAUACUGCAAAGGCGGCAGGUAUGACACCUACAGAAGUAACCCGUAUAUUAAAUUCGAGUAAACGUAAGCUUUGGGAUUACCGUUCCAGUAUCCGUCCAAAACCACACCGCGAUGAAAAGAUCCUUACUUCAUGGAACGGAUUGAUGAUUACAGGUUUGGUUCAUGCUUUUGAAGCGCUUCAAGAGACGGAUAUUUUGAAAUUAGCAAUUGAAGCUGCCGAGUUUAUCUACAGAGAAAUUUAUAACCCAACAACACAUGUGGUGAUGAGAUGCUACUGUCAAGGCGCAUCUGAUAUUGGAGGCUUUAUAGAUGACUAUAGCUACUUGAUUCAAGGUUUGCUAGAUUUAUACGAGGUCACGUUUGAUGAAAACUGGAUUAAAUGGGCCUAUGAUCUUCAGGAAAAACAGAACGAAUUAUUCUAUGAUACCGAAGAUGGUGGUUACUUCAAUGUAACAAAGCACGAUAAAAGCAUCCUUGUUAGAAUGAAGGAAGAGCAAGACGGCGCAGAGCCAUCAGCAAAUGCCGUAUCUCUGAGAAAUUUAGUCCGCCUUGCUUCCCUGCUGGAAGAACCCUCUUAUGCUAGCAAAGCGCAAGAGACAGUACAUGCAUUCAGACUCUCCUUGAGUAAAUUCCCAUUUGCUAUACCAGCUCUUGUUGCAUCAUUCAUGUUGGUGUCGAAUGGCUUGAAAGAGAUUGUAUUAUCUGGCAAUCCUGAUGAUUUCCGUAUGCGAGAAUUCCAAAGAAUUGUGUCGCGCGUAUUUCUACCUAACAAAUUAGUGUCAUUAGCCAAGGGCGAAGGAUUUAUUGCGCAAAAGAACUCGGUUAUCAAACAAAUUGGUGUGCAUGCGAAUCCUGUAGCCUACAUUUGUGAUAAUUUUUCAUGUGGAUUACCCAUUCAUGAUGCGAACGCACUUAAAAAAGCAUUAUCAACUGAUCAAUAAAGGCAGCAUUCAUACAAAAAAA